AUGGGACAGAAACAUCGAGUACACCUAUCCGAAUCGCCUACCACAUCGAAUGGAAUUCUGCGUGCAACUUGGGCUGUUAUAGCACCCAUGCACAAUCCUGGUCAGUGCCCCUCCCCGCUACUGAUGCACUGCGAACAAGCCAAUCCUCGUCAUUAUGCUGCGUUGGGAAACAGCUUGCUGCUGACCAAAACGACAGAUUACCAAGAGUACUCUUUGCUACAAGAGUUUUGGCAAAUAAUCGGUGUAUUUAUCAUCGGCAGCCUUCUUGCUGCGGACGUUCGCGUCAUGCGUGAGCGCCCGAUGCAGCAGUUUCCGACGCUGCACGUGAUCUACCUACCAGCUGCUGAAGCUGCCAAUCAGCAGCUUUGUCACCAGGUCAGGUACGAGCGACGUGCUGUAGCGAGACGACACAUCGUGUGUGGGCGGUUGCAAAACGCAAGGAUACCGUCGGAGGUGUUGUACUUGGAGACCAAACAGUCCGGGUCUGCAACGACUGCGGUCGUGUUUGUGCUGGUAGCUUUGGUCUCUUCGAUCACCAGAGAGCACAACGCCUCCGUCGAUGGAAUGUCGGCUUGGGAUUUUGUGCAACGGCGUCAGAAGUAA